AUGGAUGCUGCACAUGAAGCAAUUGGGACAGCCAACACUGUUGACGAGGUGAGGUUGUGGCUCCAGACGAACUUAUUCCAGCCCCAUUUCCUGACCUAUUACAAGGCCGCCAUUCUGCCCCGGCAACAGGCUGGAACUCUGAAGCGCGGAGAAUCGUUUCUUACAAUCACCAAUAAAUUGGAGGCCGCAAAACAGGCUGGCGACACGAAGUACAGUGAUCAUUAUCCUGACACCAUCGACUGGAAUUUUGAGGAUCAUUCUGCGAGAUGCCUGCAGACCAUUGUUGAUGUCAACACAAACAAUGCUGAUGGCCUGUUCUACAGGCAUGGCAAAUCUACAGAGGGAUACGUCAUAUUCUACGCCGGCGGUCCCAUUACCUGGUCGUCUAGCAAGCAAAAAGCCUAG